CACUUCUGCCUCAUCAUCAACCAGACAUGCAUCCUCCUGUGCUGUUUCUCUUGUUUUGUCUUGGCUUUGCGGUCGCCCAGCACAAUCAACCGUAUCAUGUGACUACACCGGUACCUAUCUUAAAACAGAUAAACAAGCACAAUGAGGAUGGUAGUUACAGUUACGGUUUCGAGGCGGCGGACGGCUCGUACAAGAUCGAGUCCAAGUAUCCGAACGGCGAGAUUUACGGUAAAUACGGCUUCGUCGAUGACUCUGGAAAUGUGCGCGAGGUCGAGUACGGCGCGUCCAAGCGUGGCUUCGAGCCAGUCGGUGCUGGGAUAAACGUGCCCCCGCCAACCUUGACCGGUAACAGCAUCGCCAGCAACGCGAAUGAACCCGAAGACGAUGGCCAGUACCGUGAAGAUCCGUCAGUCUAUUACACUGACCCACGUUUCACCAACGGGGAACGUUAUGAAGUACCACCCAAGUACAAACAACAACCGAUCGCUUAUAAUCGGCCACAACAGUUUGCACCGGCUGCUUAUAACCAAAAAUAUAAGACUCCCAUUAAUUACCGACAGGCAGCAGUGAAGUCGCGGUUUCAACCGGAAUAUCGACCACAAUAUCGAUCACAGUACGAACCGCAGUAUCAAGGUCAGCAACUGCAAUCCGUGUAUCCUUCGCCCACGAUUCCGGCCGGUCUUGAAGGACAUGGCGCGACUAACUUCGAUAUCAAUGCCGGAUUGGCAUCUUACACGGUUAAUUAUAAACGAUAAAGAAAGAGGGUGAAAAGAGAAAGGAAGUC